AUGCCAGAGUAUUCGCGAGUGAUACUUGUGUGCAAGGACAUAUCGAUUAUCUGAAUUGCGACUGACCGCUGAAACGGAUUCUAGGGACGGUUUCACUAAAGCAUUUCUUUGAAAAUAAAUAGUAUUGUGAAAACAGAAACCAGUUAUUAUCGUUAUUUUAUUCUUCCAGAUUUUUUUUUUUCUUUCCUAUUCGUAAAUAGCUCAAGGGGCUACGCUCGCACAGGUAGGUAACCUGACAGAAUUUGCUAACACUAGCAGAAUUUUCUUAUUGCUGAUUGGGUUCACUCUCCUAACAAUCGUUCUCCAGAAAUAUCACUUUUAGUCGUUCCAGAUUAAUACUUUUACCACCUUUACAAUAUUUUUUUUGAUAUUCUCGUAUUCUUUCUUCUUCUCCAACGCUCGCUCAUUACUGAGGAUCGUGACUCCGUUUCAGCUUGUCGACCGCCAGCUUCCAUCGGCUCCGGUCAAUUGCCUGGUGUAAUGCAGCGCUAAGGUGAUCCGCUGGUUUGCCCGGAGAUCUGGUCGGACCAACGUUUGGGCCUAUUGGGCUUUCUCGUAUUAAUUCACAUUUUAAGCUAUAUCCAGUCUCGUGUCGCCUAACGCCAAACUUUGUAGUUUAAAAAAUAAAAUACUUUGUCACGGUAAAACAAAUAGCCUUUACGGAAACGGACCUUAAUGUUUGAUAAGGAGCUGUCGAUCGACAAUAUCUCCCGUGUAUCUAUCUGCCUACAUAAUUCCUGACGUUAUCACGUCUUCGAGAUACGGUGCUCUCGAUAAAAUUGAUGGUUUUACCAAUUUCUGUUUUAUUUUCUGAGUAGAUCGCAUCGGACGCAUUUUUGGUAGCGGUCAACAUGAACAAAGCCUUGUGGCUCCUGUGUUGCGCGGCGGCGCUGGUCGGGGCCUCCGCAUUCUCAAUAAACUUGAGACAGAACCCGGAGACGCUGUGCAUUGGCCAGGAGAACUUCCUGAGGAUAGCCAGCAUUGAAGAUUGUUUCCACUACUUCCAGUGCUAUGCUGGCCGCUCAUAUCUUAUGCGAUGUCCAGAAGAGACAUGGUUUAACGAGGCAGAACAGGUUUGCGACUGGUCGGACCUACCAGAGCGCUGUGCAAAAGUUGAACCAGAACCAGAACCAGAGCCGGAACCUGAACCUGAACCCGAACCAGAACCCGAGCCUGAACCUGAGCCGGAACCAGAACCGGAGAUAGAACCAGAACAAGAGCCUGAGCCAGAAUCUGAACCCGAACUCGAACCCAUUGAUUCUGAGGAGAACCAAGUAGAAGAACCAGCGCAGCCUAGUGAUGAAGUUGCUGAAAACGAUGAAGGGUCCGGAGAAGAAUGGCAGGAGGAUGCCGUUUGGCGUUUUGUUAAAUCUUCUCGCGUAAGACAGGAAGAAGUUGAACAAGAAGACGAUCAAGACGAUGAAGACGAAGAAGGCACUGAUACUGUGGAAAAUGAUAAUGAUGACAAUGAGGAGGAUGACGACGAGAAUGAGGAAGAGGAAGAAGCUGAAAAACGCUCGAAGAGAUCAUUGAGACAAGAAGAAACUGAGGGUGAUGAUGAGAAUGAGGAUGAUGAGGAUGAGGACGAGGAUGAGGAAGAAGUUGAAAAGCGCUCUAAGAGAUCAUUGAAACAAGAAGAAACCGAGGAUGAUGAUGAUGAUGAUGAUGAGGAGGAAGAUGAGGACGAGGAAGAAGUUGAAAAGCGCUCGAAGAGAUCAUUGAAACAAGAAGAAACCGAGGAUGAUGAUGAUGAUGAUGAUGAGGAGGGAGAUGAGGACGAGGAAGAAGUUGAAAAGCGCUCGAAGAGAUCAUUGAAACAAGAAGAAACUGAGGAUGAUGAUGAUGAUGAUGAUGAGGAGGAUGAAGACGAGGAUGAGGAAGAGGAAGAAGCUGAAAAGCGCUCGAAGAGAUCAUCGAGACAAGAAGAAACCGAGGGUGAUGAUGACGAUGAGGAUGAUGAGGACGAGGAUGAGGAAGAAGUUGAAAAGCGCUCUAAGAGAUCAUUGAAACAAGAAGAAACUGAGGUUAAUGAUGACGACGAUUAUGAUGACGAGGAUGGUGUCGAAGACGAGGACGAGGAAGAAGUUGAAAAGCGCUCUAAGAGAUCAUUGAGGCAAGAAGAAACUGAAGAUAAUGAUAACGAUGAGGAUGAUGAUGAUGAUGAGGAUGAUGUCGAAGCCGAGGACGAGGAAGAAGUUGAAAAGCGCUCUAAGAGAUCAUUGAGGCAAGAAGAAACUGAGGAUAAUGAUGACGAUGAGGAUGAGGAUGAUGAUGAUAAUGAGGAUGAUGUCAAUGACGAGGACGAGGAAGAAGUUGAAAAGCGCUCUAAGAGAUCAUUGAGGCAAGAAGAAACAGAAAACGAUGAUGAUGAUCAAGAAGAGAUUGAAGACGCAGAGGAAGAACUUGAAGCCGAAGAGGAAGAAUUAAAAGAAAAGAGCUUCAUUAAGAGGUUUUUUAAAUUUUUCGCUUGAACCGGAAUAUAGCAGUCAAAAGCAGUUCCAGUAGGAAUGCCAACUUGAUUUGCUGAGUGAAUAAGUAAUUAAUUUAAUUUAUUAAUUUAGAUGUUAGGAUCACUUUGUGCAAUUUUGUAAAUAUACUGUAAUCAGUACGUA